AUGGAUUUAGACACUUCCUUCCUCUACUCUUCCCUCCCUCUUUUCUUUCUUCUUCUUACUUUCAUCCUCAUUCGUCGAUCUCUUCAAGUUCGCAAUAACUUACCUCCAAGUCCGCCUUCUCUUCCGAUCAUCGGUCAUCUCCAUCUCUUGAAAAAGCCACUCCAUCGAAGUUUCCAAAGUCUUUCGGCCAAAUAUGGCCCUGUUAUGACUCUCCGCCUCGGAUCUAAGCUCGCCGUCGUUAUAUCCUCGUCGGCGGUGGUGGAGGAAUGCUUCACUAAAAACGAUGUCGUUCUCGCCAACCGUCCUUGUUUCCUCAUUGGAAAAUACAUCGGCUAUAACUAUACUACCAUGAUUGUCGCUCCGUACGGCGACCACUGGCGGAACCUCCACCGAAUUGGUGCCAUUGAAAUCUUCUCUUCAUCUCGAAUCAACAAAUUCGUCGAUAUCCGGAAGGAUGAAGUGAAGGGAUUAGUACGAAAACUAUUGCACAAUUCGAUCGAUCGAUUUUCGAAAGUUGAAAUUCAAUCGGCAAUGUCAGAGCUGACGUUCAACAUCUCGAUGAGAAUGGCGGCCGGGAAGAGGUAUUGUGGCAAGGACGUAACGAACGAGGAAGAGGCGAAGAGGUUCAGGGAGUUGAUUAAAGAGCUUGUGGCGAUAGGAGGAGUAUCAAAUCCAGGGGAUUUCUUACCCAUAUUGAAUUGGAUCCCGAACGGUUUUGAGAGGCAAUUGGUUCAAUUGGGGAAGAAAGUGGAUGUGUUCUUGCAGGGGCUAAUUGAUGAUCAUCGCAGAAAGAAGGAAGAAGGAAGGAACACGAUGAUUGAUCACUUUCUUUCUCUGCAAGAAUCGGAACCCGAUCACUAUAACGAUCAAAUAAUCAAAGGAUUUAUAAUGGUAUUACUGACUGCAGGGUCUGACACAUCAGCUGUGACAAUGGAAUGGACCUUGUCUCAUCUACUAAACAAUCCCCAAGUGUUAAAGAAGGCAAAAGACGAAAUAGACAGUCAAAUUGGACAAGAACAACUCGUGAAAGAA